CUUCAGUUCACCGUGAGGGAUUAGUCUGCCCACGAACACCUGAGCCGCGCCUUCAUUGAUUUCUCUCUUUAAAUCAUUAUUAAUAAGUGAGAUCAUUUACUGAAAAGUCCUGUUUUGAAUCCAGAGACGAUGAUGUUCUUAAAGCUUUUGGCUGUUUAUGUGCUUAAUCUCCUCCGUGUGGCUCCUCCGAGUUCAGCUGAGAGUUCAGCUGAGUGUUCAGCUGAGAGUUCAGGUGAGAGUUCAGCCACGCUGAGAGUCACUCCUGACAGAUUGCAGUUCUUCCAGUUUGAUGGCUUCUCCAUGAAGUGUGAGGUGGCGGCCAACACCAGCAGCUGGACAGUGAAAAGAAACACUUCCUUCAGCCGCUCUGAGCCGUGUGAGUCCUGGGGCAUCCUGGGUAAUUCCUCCUGCUCCACUCGGUACACCGACGAAUCUGACACCGGAGCAUACUGGUGUGAGUCGGAGGACGGGGAGUGCAGCAACGUCAUCAACAUCACAGUGGCAGACAGGGAUGUGAUCUUGGAGAGCCCAGCCUUACCCGUGACACUUCACUGCUCCAACAAAGAAGAACGACUUCAUACACCAGAGUAUUCUGCCAGUUUCUUAAAAGAUACGGCAGCUGUGUCCAAGUCUGACGAAGGAUGCUUAAUUUGUGCCGCAGUCGGGGACACUGUUGUUCUCCCCGUCCACCUCCGGACCCUGUUGGACAUAUCUAAACUAAUGGUGUCAUGGAAACGCAACGGAGAGUAUGUUCACACUUACAGAAGUAAAGAUUAUUUUUUGAAUCAGGACAAGAACUUCACAGGUAGAACGUCCAUGUUUAAAGAUGAAAUGGCUGCAGGAAACGUUUCACUACAACUCAACAACGUAACUGAACAGGAUUCUGGAAAUUACACCUGCACUGUAAUAAACCAUGCC